UAUCGAACCGGUUCGCGGUGCGCUCCCAUCUCUAGUCGGGUAUUUAAGCGCGUUUCGCUGCAAAAGUGUCAGUUUCGUUCCAAAUUCCGAAGCGAGAGAUUGUCGUGGGAGGUUGUUGCGCGCGCCCUGUUCGCAUUUAUGUGUUUUUAUCGUGAUUCUGUCAACCGAAAUCAUAUGUUUUUAGCCAGGAGAGAGACGAUUGCCAGAACAGCAGCAAAACGGGCGGUGUACUGCGUUGAAAAAUUGAAAAUUAGCAAGCGCACGGCACACGCAGUGAUUGGGGCGAAUUAAAUCGGAAUUAAAAUAUGGUUAGCCAUUCGAAUUGCGUGAAAUAAAAUCGUGAAGAAAAACCAGAAAACAAAUUUGUUAUCGCUCUCCGUCUCUUUCUCUCUCCCAUUCUCGCUGCGAUUUGCUCUCCGUGUGUUUAUGUCUCAGCUGUCCAAGUGUGUGUGCGUCCCGUGUGUGUGUGCGGGUGUGUGUGACGUAUGUGCGUGCAAGUGUUUGUGAUUUUAUGUUGUUGUUUUGCCUGCUUUCGCGUGAAAUUCAACAACAACAUAAGCAGUAGCAGCAACAGCCAACAACAAAUUUAAAUUGAGAUUUUCCAUACAAUCCAAAGUUACAGGCGCCUAUUUUCCAGUCAUCAGUCUGAAGUCGGUCUGAAGUGCUAUCCUGGACAUUUCGUUUUAGCCGCCGCCUGGCUUCAUCUAACAUCCAAUUAAUUGAAAUAGUACAUUUGCAUCUCAGCAGCACGUUGAGCCCAUAAAAUCCAGUAUCCCGAGCAACGCGCACAGAAACCAUUGGAGAAACCCUCACGCACAAUGAAAAACGACGUCGUGCGAUGGAGCAGGCAGCCAACUAGCAACACCAACAAUAACAACAACAACAGCAGCAGCAGCAGAAGCAGCAGCAGUAGAAGCGGCAGCAACAGCAGUAGCACUCACAAGCACAGAAGCAAAAGCAACCAAUUAAAUGCUCGCCAAUUAGGGCCACAUGCAGCCAGAAGUUGUCAGCAGAGAGCCGAAGCCGCAACGCAGCUACAAGAUGAACAACAAACAAUCAUUGAAUGUGAUAUAGGAAAUUUCAAUUUCGAUUGCAAUUUAUUCAAAACUAGUUUUUUAACGCAACACAAACCGAAACUUAGUGGCAAGAGCAGCAGCAAAAGCAAAUGCAACAGAAACAGACCCUUGGCGAAAACGAAAGCGGUGUUGCUGUUAGCUCUGCAAUUUAGUGCCGUAGUUUUUUUAUGUAAUUUUAAUGUCGGUUUCGUGGCCGGAAGUGUGGCAACGGCGGCAUCAUCGGCAGGCGGCACAGCGCCACCAUCAUCUGCGCCCUCAUCCACGCCCACAGCUGCUGCACCACCGCCACCUUCGUCGCCACUCAAAGUGCAUCCAAAUGGCCAGUCGCCAGUGCUGCCGCCCUACAUCCUCGACUAUGAGACGGGUGGCAGGGCGAAGCUAACGCCCAACAAUGGCAAGUUCGCCCAGUCGGGCAGUUCCGGUGGCAAUAACAACCAAAUCGUCGGACACUAUACCCACACCUGGGCGGUGCACAUACCGAACGGCGAUAAUGGCAUGGCCGAUGCGGUUGCCAAGGAUCACGGUUUCGUCAAUUUGGGCAAGAUCUUCGAUGAUCACUACCACUUCGCACAUCACAAGGUCUCGAAGCGGUCGCUCACCCCCGCCACGCAUCACCAAACUCGCCUGGAUGACGACGACCGCGUCCACUGGGCGAAGCAGCAGCGGGCCAAGUCGCGAUCCAAGCGGGACUUCAUCCGCAUGCGACCCUCAAGGACCUCCUCGCGGGCCAUGUCCAUGGUGGACGCCAUGUCCUUUGACGACUCCAAGUGGCCGCAGAUGUGGUAUCUGAAUCGUGGUGGUGGCCUGGACAUGAAUGUGAUACCCGCCUGGAAGCAGGGCAUUACCGGCAGGGGCGUGGUGGUGACCAUUCUGGACGAUGGCCUGGAAUCCGAUCAUCCGGACAUACAGGAUAACUACGAUCCCAAAGCCUCGUACGAUGUGAACAGCCACGACGACGAUCCGAUGCCGCACUACGACAUGACGGACUCGAAUCGCCAUGGAACCCGCUGUGCCGGCGAGGUGGCAGCCGUCGCCAACAACUCCUUCUGUGCGGUGGGCAUUGCGUACGGCGCCAGUGUGGGCGGAGUCAGGAUGCUGGACGGAGAUGUCACGGAUGCAGUUGAGGCGCGCUCGUUGUCGCUGAAUCCGCAGCACAUCGACAUAUACAGUGCGUCCUGGGGACCCGAUGACGAUGGCAAGACGGUGGACGGACCCGGAGAGCUGGCAUCGCGCGCCUUCAUCGAGGGCACAACGAAGGGACGUGGCGGCAAGGGCAGCAUCUUCAUUUGGGCAUCGGGCAAUGGCGGACGGGAGCAGGAUAACUGCAACUGCGACGGCUACACGAACUCCAUCUGGACGCUGUCCAUCUCCAGUGCCACGGAGGAGGGACAUGUGCCCUGGUACUCGGAGAAGUGCAGCUCCACGCUGGCCACCACCUACAGCAGCGGCGGGCAGGGCGAGAAGCAGGUGGUCACCACGGACCUGCACCACUCGUGCACUGUCUCCCACACGGGCACCUCGGCGUCGGCCCCGCUCGCCGCUGGCAUAGCCGCCCUGGUGCUGCAGUCCAACCAGAAUCUCACCUGGCGCGAUCUGCAGCACAUUGUUGUGCGCACCGCCAAGCCGGCGAACCUCAAGGAUUCCAGCUGGUCCCGCAACGGGGUGGGGCGGCGGGUGAGCCACUCCUUUGGCUACGGAUUGAUGGACGCCGCCGAGAUGGUGCGCGUGGCCCGCACCUGGAAGUCGGUGCCGGAGCAGCAGCGGUGCGAAAUCAACGCUCCCCACGUCGACAAGGUCAUUCCACCGCGUACCCACAUCACCCUGCAACUGACGGUUAACCACUGUCGAUCGGUCAAUUAUCUGGAGCACGUCCAGGCCAAGAUUACGCUUACGUCGCAGAGACGCGGAGACAUUCAGCUCUUUUUGAGAUCGCCCGCCAACACCAGUGUCACGCUCCUAACGCCUAGGGUACAUGACAACUCCCGUUCCGGAUUCAACCAAUGGCCCUUCAUGUCUGUGCACACGUGGGGAGAGUCGCCACAAGGCAACUGGCAGCUGGAGAUCCACAACGAGGGACGCUACAUGGGCCAUGCUCUGCUCAGGGAAUGGUCGCUGAUCUUUUAUGGCACCACUCAGAGCAUUGGUCCCAACGAUCCGAUCUCGGUGCCCAAGCCAAGUGGCUCGGAGGCAACCACCCCGAAUAGCAGCAGCACCACCAGCAAUCUGCAUCAAGCCUAUUCACCCCAGUAUCCCCGCAUUCCACCCAAUAACUUUGGUAGCUCACCCUCGGGCGGGUCCAAGUUGCCACUGGGCAAAGUGCCGCCACCCAAUAAAUCCAGCUAUGUGACCAACAAUCCGCUGCUGAACUCUGCACCACCCAAGCAGGGCUACCAACAGAUUUCCGCCACCUACGGCGUGAUAUUGGGCAAAGCCAAUGGAAAGACUAACAAUAACAGCAAGGAGAAGACCAACAACAACAAGGGAAACAAGGGCAGCAAUGGUAACAAGGGAAAAUCAGGCGGAUCGGGCGGCAAUCGCAAGGAGCAGACCACCCAGAGCACCAUCAUUCUGACGAGCACCAGCAAGAACAAGUACUACCGCAUCUCGCAACAGCAGCAGCAGCAGCAGCAAAAGAGCAACAAGCAGGACAGGAAUGGAGUGCAGACACAGAGACCCAAGGCCAACUCCGGCGAGAAAUCCUACGAUGAGAAGAAUCGCAAAGUGGUGGGUGAGAUCACGACGACUUCCGGCAACGGAUCCAUCAAGGCAGCCAAGCAGGUGAAAGAGAGCACCACCUCCACGUCGAAUUCCCGCAUACCCAAGCUUUUCGAGCGCUACGAGAAGAUCCAGGCCAUUUUCCCCGAACUAGAACCCUAUGAGAACAGUUCGCCCAAGGGAAAACCGAAGCAGGCCAAGCAGGGCAAGCAAUUCGAGGUGGAUCUGUUUAGGCCCACCACUGGGGGAAAUAGUCGGCAGGGCAAUACGAAGAAAUCGCCAUCGGUGCCGCCGCCCUCGCAAACGAUGGCCACCCUCUCCAUAUUGCCCAUACUGCCCGCCGGCGGAAGUAGCUUCCUGCCGGAUCAGAAGAUCCUCAAGAAACAACAGCUGCUGAUGGCCGCCGCCGGGGUCAUGGCUUCUGCCCAGGAGGUGGAGGUGGAAAUGGAGGAGGUGCCGGCGACUCCUGAUUACGAGGCACGCAAGGACCACCGAAAGGAGGUCAACGGACCAAAUGCACAAAUCACACAAUGGGAUAUGAUAUUCUACGGCACCGAAACGCCCGCCCAACCCGAGGACGUGGCCAAUCCCAGCCAGUCGAACCAGUUCAAUCUGUAUGGCAACGAUAUGGCCCACAACGACGUCGAGUACGAUUCCACUGGCCAGUGGAGGAAUAUGCAGCAGGUGGGCGAUGUGGGCAUGACCCGAGAUCACAGCAACACCGCCGCGUGCCUUAAGUGGAGCGAUCGCAAGUGCUUAGAUAUUGCCAAGCCAGCCAAGUAGUCGCGCCACAGUUUGAAAGGCACUGUACGCAAGCUUAAGCUUUUUAAUUGUAUUUUUUGCCUAUUAUUUGAGUCCCCUUCUUGUUUAUCUGGUUUUGGAUAAGAAAUAUUGUUUAAUGCCAUGCAGCCAAACGAAAGGAAUGUUCAACACACAACACAACAACCACUGCAGUUUAGAGUUCAUAGUAAAAGACUGUUUCUUAAAAUUAAAUCUUAAAAACUAAAUCUUGGACAGCGGUAAAUGAUUGAAAUGGGUCGAUGGCGUGAAAGGAUGCGAAAAAUAAAAACCAAAUCUAAGUAAUUAAUGGAAAUAUUUCUAGAGUUUAAGGCGCUAAGCAAAGCAAACCACUUUUGUAUCAAAAAUAAACGAAAACAAAACGAGAAAUGGUCAUGAACAUAAACAUGACCAAGUAAAUAAUAUCCUAAGGUGUAGGGGUGAAGCAUAGCGUAAUAAUUGAAAAGUAGGCAGCAACCACUAAACAAUUAAAUCGUAUUUAUAUUAAACAAUUUAUAAAAAGUUCCUGCAGUUUUCAACAUAAAUCUAAAACGCGAAACACACUAAUUACUACAAAUUUUACACUUAAUUGCCGGUUUAUUUUGUCCACAAUGCAAACAAAAACACAAACAAAACAUAUCUCUGUUACAAAUUUGUUGCUUACUUAAAUCAUUAUUAUUAAACACAAAUCAAAAGCAAAUUGAGUGCAAUAAUUAUUAUUAAAUCUUUAAAACUGUAUUAAGCAGCAGCAAAAUCUUCAAAUGAUUUCGUUUCUUAUCAAACCGACAAACAAAAACAUAUCAUUUAAUAUUUGUUUGAUUUCGGAACUAAGUACAAAAACUAUGUGUUUACUUAACAAAUUUUAUCCAAAUUUACUUAUCUCCUUUUGUGAUUUAUAUUUCUAUUCUAUUGGUUUUGAUUUAGAUAAAUAUUCCCAAUAUCUAUGCAUUUUCGUUGUAUGAAUAAUCAUAUCGUAACUGCACAAUAAACAAUACAAAUAUAAAUGUUAAUUUAAUAAACAAGUUAAUAGCGAUGUAACGAACAAGAGGUGGAGUAUCUUUUUGUUGUUGUUGUAAUUAGCAAACAUAAACACACCCACACACAUACUUAGCCAGAGCAUAAGAUAUAAACAAACUAAAGCUAGCAUUUCUCUAUCUGCAUUGACAAGCAAUCGAAAAUAGUUGAAUUAACCCCCCAAUUCCUCAGUAUACAUGUACUUUACGCACUAGCAGCGAACAAAGCCGAAAAUAUUAACCAAGCCAAUACACCGCAACACAAAACACAAACACUUACCAGUAUUUGCCGAAAACUUAGGCAAGUACCCACAUAAAUUAUGUUGAACAAAUUUCCAAGUGAGUUUGGUUAGGAACACAACAAAAUUCUGCUCCGUUUCCAAGUAUUCUGUUGUUCUUUAACGCACACGCAGUUUUGGUACUUAUUUAUCUUCGAGGGCCAGAAUACACUGGAAACAAAACUCUGAAGCAUUAAUUAGAGAGAAAGCCAAAUUAAUCUUUAAGCUUAUACUAAACAAAAUAAAACAAAAAAAUUCGAAAGAGAAAAACAAACAAAACAAAAAAAAAUGAGUAAAGAAAAAC